CCGAGGGUCGGAUUAAAGAUGGCGCCCUCUCAUGCGGUAAGAUGCUGUCAACGGGGUUUAUCCUGGAUACCUGUGAUUUUUAUCAACCUGGUCGUGUGCUGGUCCUACUACGCUUACGUGGUGGAGCUCUGUAUAUACACAAUCUCCAACACGGAGGAGCAAGUUAUUUAUCUGAUAGUGUUUCACGCCUUUUUCUUCAUGUUCAUAUGGUCCUACUGGAAGACCAUCAUUUCCAAGCCUGCCAGCCCCUCAAAAGAGUUCUGUCUCCCUAAAGUGGACAAAGAGCUGUAUGAGAAAGAGGAGAAUCCAGAGGCACAGCAGGAAAUCCUGAAGAGAGUGGCCAAAAAUUUACCCGUAUACACACGCACAGGCUCUGGUGCUAUCCGGUACUGUGACCGCUGUCAACUGAUCAAACCGGACAGAUGUCAUCACUGCUCCACCUGUGACAGAUGCGUGCUGAAAAUGGAUCACCACUGUCCAUGGGUUAAUAACUGUGUUGGAUUCUCCAACUAUAAGUUCUUUGUGCUGUUCCUGGCGUACUCUAUGCUGUACUGUGUCUACAUCGCUGCCACAGUUUUGCAGUACUUUAUCAAGUUCUGGACACUUUGCAGACGGAGGGCUAUAGAGCAUUGCCCAGAGAAUCACCUGCCAGACACUCAUGCAAAGUUCCAUGUGUUGUUCCUGUUCUUUGUGGCAGCCAUGUUUUUCAUCAGCAUCCUGUCACUCUUCAGCUACCACCUGUGGCUCCUGGGAAAAAACAGAACUACUAUAGAGGCGUUCAGAGCACCGGUGUUCAGAAGUGGCCCAGAUAAAAAUGGCUUCACUCUGGGCUUCCGCAAGAAUGUAACCCAGGUGUUCGGUGACCAGAAGAAGUGUUGGUGCUUGCCCCUUUACAGCAGUUUGGGCGACGGCUACACGUUCCCUACACGCCUAGUCAACGUUGACUCAGAGCAAGGCAAUGUUGAACACCAGACGAUUAAAUGCACUGUUGAUGGACAGACAAACCCCAGACCUCUGAGUGAGUCACAGAAUCAUCUCCUAGGCAACGAUAUGCACUCCGAGGAGCAGAAAGACGGCAGCCCGGCGAACAUCGAGGUAUGCCAGCCUGUUUCGAUUACCAUGGAGAAUGAGUCCUAAUCAGGACUUUGGAAAAGCACCAGGAUUUUUUUUUUUCUUUUUUAUGAGUACUGUUGUCAUGAGACCUCAUGUGAAAGACCACACAGCCCUCAGAUACCAUGCCUUAAGGUUAGCAGCAGCUUUCUCAUAUGAAAACGACCUGUGGUGGAUGCAUUUCCCUGCACUCGUAUCCAGACUCUCAAGCUCCUCACAGCAAACAUCAACUUAACGGCUCUUUCACUGGGUUUUAUGAUGUUGUGACUAACACACUUUCUUUUCUCCAAACAUGCACAUUUGUUUGACCAAAAUAUCCUGAAAUGACUUUCAGGUUGUUCUGUCCAAUGUAUUUAUCUCUGGGACUACUUCAUUUUUGUAGACCAAAAAAGUCAGGCAGGCGUUGCACUUUGUCACCAAGGAUUUGUGUGGAUGUUUGUGGAUCUGAAUGAACAUGAAGUGUAUUGCAGUAUUUGAUUAGAAUGUGUUCUUCAAUUGUUACAUUUCACUACACAGCAGCUUCAACCUCAGCCUAAUAGGAGUUUCUCAAGUAUGUUGUGAGAUGAUAAUUCAGAAGAAAGUGCAAUGAGGUAUUUAAUAUUUUCCUUCUAGGUCUUUACAUUAAUGUACUCUGUUUGUGAAAAAAAAAAAAACUCUUUUUCAGUGCUAUCUAGCAC